UAGAAUCAAAUAUAGUAUUUAGGGUUUCUGCGUGCGAAACUGCCUUUAGGGUUUCUGAUUUUGAGUUUGAAACACGGAAUCAAUGGCGUCGUUUGGGUCCCUGAAGUCCGCAAUAUUCGAUAGGGAAGAGAAAAAACAGCAGUACCAAGCUAACAUUCGCGGCCUCAACGCCUUCGAUCGCCACAAGAAGUUCUUGAACGAUUACGUUGGCUUCUAUGGAAAAGAAAAAUCUACAGAUGUAAAGUUGCCAGUUAAAACAGAUCAUGAUACCCUGAGGGAGGGAUAUCGGUUUAUACGUUCCGAGGAAGAUGAUGUGAAUCCAUCCUGGGAGCAGAAGCUGGUGAAGCGUUACUAUGAUAAGCUUUUUAAAGAAUACUGCAUAGCUGACAUGUCACUAUAUAAGAGUGGUAAGAUUGGUUUGAGGUGGCGAACAGAGAAGGAAGUUAUAACUGGUAAAGGACAAUUUAUAUGCGGUAAUAAGCACUGCAAUGAGAAAGAUGGCUUAGCAAGCUAUGAGGUAAACUUUUCCUAUUUUGAGGCUGGAGAAAACAAGCAAGCCCUUGUGAAGUUGGUAACCUGUGAAAGAUGUGCUGAGAAGCUUCAUUACAAAAAACGGAAGGAGGAGGAGGAAUUUGACAGAAAGCAGAAAAAAGAAUACAAAAGAAAAAGGGAUCAGUCAAAAGACAAAGAUGACACAGAUGAGUAUGAGAGGAGCACAGAGAAGAGAAAAGGUUUUGAGUUGCAAUCCAUGGUAAAAGGGCUUCAUCUUCAGCUGUCAAUCAGGAAAGCGAUGACGAAGAUUUUGAUAAGUACCUUGAGGGCAUGUUUCCAUAAUUGUUGGUGAGAUUCAGCUGAAUAAGUGCAGCCUUUUAGAGUAAUUGUUCUGUGCUGACACCAGUUACCGAGCUAGAUGCUGAAACUUGUAAAUUUGUCCUUGUUCAUUCUGCUGCUGACCCUGUAAAUUGUACUGAUAAAAAAUGUCCUUGUUGCGUGUCAACACCAAGUAGAGGAAGAUGCGGGAAGAAUAUAAAUAAUCAGCACUGCUUAUCUACGCAAUAGGAAAGACUGAUGAGCAUGAUACGUAUCUGGUAUUUUUGUUAAAUGAGCUUUUUGAUGGAGACUGGAGAUUUUUUUAACGAAUGUAAUUUAGGUAUAAUGAUUGGACU